AUGGCUCAGGUCAAGCGCAAGCAGUACGAGGACGACGCCGUCGCCCUCUACGACGUCGAGUUCGCGCCCGGACCGCUUGGCAUCCAGUUCGAGACGGGCUUCUACGGCCACCACGCGCUCGUGAAGGGCCUCGUGCGUGGCAGCCAGGCGAGUCGCCUCCUCCAAAGCGAAAACCACGCGAUCCAAGCGCAUGCGAUCCAGACCGGCCAUGUGCUCGUCGCUGUCAACGGCGUCGAUGUCACGGCCGACUCGUUUCCCGAUGUGAUGCGGUCGAUUCGCAGCGCUGCGCACCCGCGCGUCCUGCGUUUCCUUGACCCGAGCGUGCUCUCGCUCGACCAGUUCCACCACGAUCCAGCCCAGGAGCUCGUGAAUCGGUACACGCUUUUCGUUAGCGUCGCAGCUCAUGAACUUUCUUGCGGCAGUGACGAGUAUGGCUUUGCAAAGGAUGACAAGUACAUUCUGAAGCACCGACAGCAGUUGCGCCACCAACGCGAGAAGCCUGCGCGAUAUAAGCACGAAAAGCAGUGGCUGGAGCUGCUCCAAGAGAACGGAGGCUUCGACGGCCUCCAGGUCUCGCUGCACGAGAGCUCCGAGGAUGAGAGUACGCACGUCCGCGAGCUCCUCCAGCCGCUCGUCGUUGGCGGCAUUCCGUCGGCCUAUCGCCCCGCCAUGUGGCUCUUGUUGGCGAAUGUCGCGACCUACAAGGCGCGCUUCCCACUCGACUACUACCAAAGCCUCCUCCAUCGCGAAGACCACCGAGGCAGCACGGUCGACGACAUUGAGAAGGACGUUGGGCGCACGUACCCCGAGCACACGUUCUUCCAGGCGGAGCGCGGCAAGGUCGAGCUCACCAACGUGCUUUUGGCGUACGCGAUGCACCGGCGCGAGAUCGGGUACUGCCAGUCCAUGAACUUUAUCGUGGGCAUCCUCGUGCUCUUCCUGCCCGAAGAAGACGCGUUCUGGCUCCUCGCCGUGCUCUUGGACAAGUUUCUGCCGUGGGAGAACUACUCGCGGAGCAUGGUCGGCGCCCAAGUCGACCAGAUCGUCUUCAAGCGGCUCGUGAAGCUCCAAGCGCCGGCGCUCAGCGCGAUGCUCGAGACGCACGGCAUCGACAUCGAACUCGUGUCUCUCCAGUGGUUUCUCUGCGUCUUCCUCUGCACGCUGCCCCUCGAGACGGCACUGCGCGUAUGGGACCUCCUCCUCUUCUACGGCCAAGAGGUCGUCUUCGACGCCGCGCUCUGCGUCCUGCAGCUGGGCGAGCAAGACAUCAUGGGCGUCGCGUCGCACGCAGAGCUCUUCCAGCGCGUGCGGGAGCUCGGGACCGAGCUGCAUGACGCCGACGCCUUUGCCGAGUUUGUGCACGCGUUCAUGCAGAACGAGCGCAAGGCGCCGACCGGGCCCUUGGACCAGCUCGUGGCCAAAGUCACGCGGUUCCUCGACAAGAGCGCAGCGCCAGCCGUCGCCCCGUCGCCCAAGCUCUACACCUUUGACGACAUUGAGCAGUGGCGGCUGGAAGCACGGCCGCAGGUCGAAGCCAACGAGCGCGAGAUGCAGCGCUUCCGUGAGACCUGCGCCGAGUAGACGACCCACAAUCAAAAUCAAACUCAAAAUCUUUU